AUGAACAUAUUCAGACUGACAGGUGAUAUCCUUCAUUUAGUAAGUAUGUAUAUACUUAUUAUGAAGUUAAAGAAGUCAAAAAAUUGUAUAGGUAUAUCGUGUCGUAUGCAAGAACUGUACUUAAUAGUGUUUCUAUGCAGAUAUAUAGAUCUAUUUUUCGUGUUUGUAAGUUUUUACAAUACUGUAAUGAAAAUAACGUUUAUAUUGACCAUAGCAUACACCAUAUACUUAAUAAGAUUUAAGUUACCUAUUUCACAAACGUAUAAUAGAAAAGUAGAUAACUUCAAAAGUGAACUAUAUUUAAUUCCACCUUGCUUAGUGUUAAGCCUAUUAACGUGUAGGACAUACAAUCUGUAUAACAUCCUUUGGUCUUUCUCCAUAUGGCUAGAGAGUGUUGCUAUAUUACCGCAAUUGGUAUUAUUAGAAAAACAAAGAGAAGUAGAAAACAUAACAUCUCAUUAUGUCAUUACAAUGGGUUUGUAUAGAGCAUUUUAUAUUUUGAAUUGGAUAUAUAGAUAUUUUUUUGAUGAAAAACCGUAUAUAAAUGUUGUUGGAUGGAUAGGAGGAUUAAUUCAAACUUUGUUAUAUAUUGAUUUUUUUUAUUAUUUUGCUCUUGCGAAAUGGUAUGGAAAAAAAUUAGUUUUGCCAUUUAAUGGUGAAGUUUAA